CUUUCUCCGUUUGUGUGUCCUGACGAAGGGUGCUGAUUGGUGCCUAUUAUACUCUUGUCUUGUUCUAAUCUGUUACACAGCUGAAAUAGGUUAAUGUGAAGCAGACUUCAGAGGCUGUAGGAAAACCUUGUUUCAGUUCCAUGGACGCCGCCAAAUACAUCCUUAUCAUUUCUUACCUGUUACCACUCCAGAUUUCACUUGCAACAGACAGCCAAAAUGGAGCUGAAGACAGCGAGGACGAUGUCACCAGCAUCAUAGCCAAGCUAAACAAAGGUAGUAAGAAACUGAUCAAUCAUGGAGAUAUCGCUGUAAAACUCAGUCGCAGUGCUCUGACUUGUCCAGGACAGACGUGCUUCUGGCCAAAAUCCAGCUCUGGAAUUGUAACUGUUCCCUACACCCUGUCUGUGGACUACACAUCCACUGAUUCUGCAAUCAUCUAUUCCGCCAUUCAGGAGUACACCUCUCUAACCUGCAUUCGGUUUGUGGAGCGUAGAACAGAGACUGAUUAUAUCCGGAUCCAAUCAGUAGAUGGAUGUUGGUCCUACCUGGGGAGAAUCGGAGGACCCCAAGUUCUCUCACUAUUGAACCCCGGCUGUGUGUUGAAAGGGAUUGUACAGCACGAGCUCAAUCAUGUCCUGGGCUUUGUCCACGAGCACACCAGGAGUGACCGCGAUACCUACGUCUACAUCGAAUGGGCAAACAUUCCAGAUGUAUACAAAAGCAACUUUGAGAUGACCCAACCAGCUACCGAUAACGUGGGCCUGCCGUAUGAUUACACUUCUGUGAUGCACUAUGGGAGAUAUGCGUUCAGCAAUGCUCCUGGGAAGGCAACCAUUGUCCCAAAGCUGGAUCCCAGUGUCCCUAUAGGGCAGAGGUAUGGACUGAGUGGCCUGGACCUUCAGAAGAUCAAUCGUCUUUAUCAGUGUGAUGUCUGCAGCUCUCUCCUCUUUGAUCCAUCGGGAUCUCUGCAUUCAGGAUAUGCGCAAUCAGCCAAUCAGAACAGAUCACAAUGUGUGUGGCUCAUUCGGAUCCCUACAAACAAGGUGUUCCUGCAGUUUCAAAGCUUUGAUCCCUCUCCCGGCUGCAUCUCAGACUCUGUGAAGGUGUAUGAUGGGGCCGGCAAGAUGUCUCCUCUACUGAUAAACACUACUUGUGGGAUGAAGAAGCUCCCUCCCGUCUUGUCCUCAGGAAACCUGAUGUUUGUGGAAUUUUUAAGUGGUGGAGCUUCAACUUUCACAGCUUCCUAUCAGACAGUGGCAUGUGGUGGAAUGCAAACGAAAGUGAAUGGAACUGUGACCUCUCCGGGGUACCCCACCAAGUACCUACCUUCCACGGAUUGUAUAUGGUCUAUUGUGGCACCUUCUGGGCAUAGAGUACAGCUGAACUUCAUCUCCUUUACACUGGAGUCCUCCCGUAAUUGUGUCUAUGAUUACUUGUCUAUCUCGGACAGCUCUCGAUCUGGCACCUCGGUAUCGGACAAGUAUUGCGGGGCCAAGAAUAUGCCGCCACUAGUGUCUUCUGGGAACUGGAUGGGGUUGCAAUUCCACUCGGACAAGUCAGUCCAGAGCACCGGGUUCCAGGCCACAUAUAGCUGGGUGUGAGACGUUGGAUGGAGACGGAUGAUCUUGGAACAGACUACACUUUGUUUUAAUCCAACAGAAAGAAUUUAAAGGAAACCAGUGCUGUCAAAGCACCCAAUAACCUAACCUCGGGAAUGUUAUCUGACAUAAUCCAGAGCCCUCACAAUGAAACAAUUCAAAUUCAACCAGUCUGUCGAAGCACCCAAUGACCCAGACUUAAGAAUGUUAUUUUACAUAAUCCGGGGUGCUCAGAACACAUUUCAACAAGUCUGUUGAUGCACCUAAUAACCCAGCCUCAAGUAAAGAUAUCUCACAUUAUACUGAAGCUUUCAAACUGAAAGAAUUUAAAGUCAACCAGUCUGUUAAAGCAUCCAAUAACCUACCCUCUAAUAUUGUUAUCUGAUUUUUUUUCAAUGCCUUUAAAAUGAAAAAAAAAAAUCAAGUCUACAAGUCUGUUGAAGCUCCCAAAAACCGAACCUCUAGUAAUGUUAUCUCACAUGAUUCAGGGCCUUCACACUGAAAGAAUUUAAAGUUACCUGAUCUGUUAAAGCAUCCAAUAACUUAACCUCUAAUAUUGUUAUCUGAUUUUUUUUUCAAUGCCUUUAAAAUGAAAAAAAAUAAAAAUGAAGUCUACACGUCUGUUGAAUCUCCCAAUAAC